AAAUUAAUCCGGCAGACCAAAGCAUUUUCAUUCGUCGGCGGCUUGAAGCAUAAAAUGAAAUAAAGUCGAAAUCGAACAGCUGAAAGGUAAGCAGAGGGUCGCUGCAUCAGUGUCAAAGGAACAAAGGAAAGAAGGGUCGUCAGCUUUUUUUUUGGAGCCUUCAUGUGCACUAGAUAGUCGCAUUUAAACGUAUGAAUACUACUCCAGCUCAGAGGUGUAACGCGGACUUGUUUUUGUCUUCAGUGAAGUCAACCAUGGAAGAAAAGUGGCAGCAAAUAGCAAAUGACAUAACAUCAGGCGAGACAACAUCAAUCAGUGACAAAGGAUCCCUAGUGGUAGUGGGGUCGGGGAUUAUGUGUGUCAGUCAGUUCACCAUCCAGGCUCUUUGUCACAUUAAAGACGCUGAUAAAGUAUUUUAUCUUGUUUCGGAUCCUGUCACAGAGGUUUACAUCCAAGAGCUGAAGCCUGAAGCCAUAGACCUGUUUGUUCUUUAUGGAGAAGACAAAGACAGGCACGAAACCUACGCACAGAUAACAGAGGUUCUCCUUCACUACACCAGACGAGGGAAUAAAGUCGUGGCUGUUUUCUAUGGCCAUCCAGGGUAUUUGGUCAAUCCUGCCCGACAAGCAAUCAGGAUCGCUCAAUCAGAAGGGCUUUCUGCAACUGAAUUGCCUGGUAUCUCCUCUCUAGACAUUAUGAUAUCAGAACUCGGUUUUGAGCCCGGAAUUCCUGGCCUUCAAGUCUUUGAAGCAACAGAUCUGCUCAUGUACUCAAGAAAACUUCUGACAGAUUGCCAUGUCGUCAUCAAUCAAGUCGGUUGCGUUGGUGAUGUCACUUUUCACUUUGGCGGCUUCCCAAACCCCCACUUCCCAGUCCUUAUAAAAUACCUGAUUGGUUUCUAUGGCAACGAUCACGUGGUGUACCAUUACAUAGGGUCCCAGUUCCCAGUCUGCAAAUCCCUAGUGCAGACUUUCAAACUUGCAGAUUUACUAAUGCCAGAUAACGCGGCUAAUAUUCAAAGUAUGUCUACGAUGUACUUGCCACCUUCGUGUGAAGGAGUUCUGAACCUAGAGAUGGCUAAAAACAUUGGAAUGGUCACAGCAACUAAAGCCAAAUUCCCGUCGACUGAAAGUACAGAGGACAUUAAAGAACAAGGGGCUGUAAAGACAAACUACCCAUUCAAGGAUAUUCAAGCAGAAGAACCGAAUUCCAGACUUAAAGGGUUUUCAGCGUGGUCAAUUCCCCAAAACUACAAGCCGGCUAGGAACUCUCCAUUGACCAAAUACCUUAUAGACGUUAGCCAGUCCCCAGAAAAAGUUAGAGAAUUUCGAAAAGGAAAGGGCUACCCGUCUCUACCUGAAUACCAGGCCAAAGCACUCAGAACGCGGGAUUCUGAUUGGAUACGAUUUUCAUUGGAGAAUGACCAAUCCUUUGCUGAGACGGUCAUCAUGAAGACAGCACUAAAGAAAAUAUCUGGAACCUCAGAAGUGCGCAACAAAGAUGAUGGAUUAAGGACAACCAUUCCUACCACCGAAGCAACAAGAAGCCCCGAUUCUGAGAUUGUAGGAUCUGACAGAGCACUAGUGGAGUCUAAUGGACAACAGCAGGUUGAUGGGGCACCAAUUACAGCCAAGCCUACUAUAAGUGUACCAAGAAAAGCCAAUGCUGUGAUUGCAGAAUCUGAUAGAGUAUCAAUGGAUUCUAAUGGAAUACACCAGGUUGAUGGGACUACCAGUGCACCAAGAAAAGCUAAUGCUGUGAUUGCAGGAUCUGAUAGAGCAUUAUUGGAUUCUGAUGGAAUGCACCAGGUUGAUGGGUCACCAAUUACAGCCAAGCCUACUAUCAGUGCACCAAGAAAAGCCAAUGCUGUGAUUGCAGGAUCUGAUAGAGUAUCAAUGGAUUCUGAUGGAAUACACSAGGUUGAUGGGAUUAUCAGGGCACCAAGAAAAGCCUUCACUGAAUUUGAUGACAUUUCUUAAUUUAGUACAAAAAAAUAAAAAUAAAAUAAAAAUAAUUAGUAAUUAUGAGCUAAGAGUUGAUAAAAGUAUAAAUUAGUGAAAAUAUUUUAUCUUUUAUAACAUAUAGGUCAUCUAUUUUAACAUCUAUUUUAACACAUAUUUUAACAUAUAUUUUAGUAUAUAUUUUAGAAUAUAUUAUCAUACAGUUGCCAUAGUUUUUAACAUUAUUCGAGCGUUUUUGCUAUAAACUGUAUGGGACUUUUUUUACUCAAUCGCGUGACUUCAAACAACGUCAGGUCACGUGUCAACUGCUUGUUCUAUAGUUUGCGCCCAUGUCAGAUGCAUUAAUUUUUAAGAUAUUGAUUUCUGUUGUUACUCAACUUGGUACAAGCAACAUAAUCCAACAAACUAUUGAGCCACAAAUAAACACAGAAUGGAAGAUUCUUUCAGGUAAAGCUCUGGUAACCACUGUUACGGCAAGAGUGGAAUCACUUCAGCCACAGCUCUGGUAGCCAUGGUUACGGCGUGCCUGGUUUUCACCAAGAAUAGCAACAGUUUCACUGUCUUCUGAGUCACUUGUGCUCACAUCGUCACGUGUCGUUAUUGAUUCAACAAAAACGUUGUACGAUCUAUAGCCUUGAUAGAACUGAGUUACCCUGUGAAAUAAAAUACCAAUAAAUAAUGGCUAUUAAUAUA